CCUCCAAGAGCGCAAUAACCCCGCACAUCAUCUUCCUACGCUUCUAUCCCCCAUUAUCCCUCAAUAGAUUCCGCGAUCCGCCAAUCUGGAGAGAUGGCUCCGACCAAUCUGUCUCAUAGGCAGACACAUAAUUUGCUCCUCAUCUCCAAACUCCUUAAUCUGAGAGAUACUGCGUCACCGUUUACCCUGCUCCUGGACUCCCUAGAACAGCCCGCCACCCCUCUACUCAAGGAAUACAUUCGACGCGCAAACCUAUCUAAAGCCCAUGUUACUUAUAUUGCUUUUGAAUCACUGAGGGCGCCACGGGGGGUGGAUGCAUUCAUAUCCACGCGGGGGAAGAACCCGGCGGAUAUCAUCAAGGAAGUUAGCUCGGCUCAUCAGGCGGCCUCCUCCAGCUCACGUCGGCGUCUCAUCAUAAUCGACGCGAUCAACCCCCUUAUUCACUCCAAGCGAACCGAUGCGCAGUUCCACCUUUCGACCUUCCUGAGCUCCUUCCUGAUGCCCCAGAGUGCUUCGGCAUCCAAGAUUGAGACUUCACUCGUCGUGACCUUCCACCAGGAUGUCCCAAGCCCCCCUACUUCCUCACCCUACGCUCCCUCUCCAUUUUCCAUGUUGACCUAUCUCGCCACAACUGUCAUCCGACUUCACUCGCUUUCGCACAUCCUCUCUCAGAAGGCUGCUCGGGAUCGCAGCCUCGCAGCGCCUUUCUUCGGCCUUGAGGAGGAGCAGGACGGGGUUCUCAUUGGAAAAGUGGACAAGCACGGAGGAAACGCGUCAGCGGAGGGAUUGGUUUUAGAAAUGGAACAUCGUCGCAAAAGCGGCCGCGGCGUGCUGGAAUGGUAUUACCUUCCACCUGCCUCUCAAUACCCGCCACAGCAAGUCAAGGAGAUUGUUACACUUCUUGACGACCACCCGCUGUACCGUCCUCCCGAGGAACCGGACACCGGAGCCGGUGAAGAGGAGCCCGAAUCGACGUUUGAAUUGCGUCUCACCGACAAGCAGAGAAAGGACAGAGAAGGGGUGGUUCUGCCAUACUUUGAUGCGCAGAAGGGCAACGGUCCUGGUGAGGGUGGACGUAUCCUAUACGACAUGGGAGAGGAAGACGAUUUUGAUGAGGAAGAGGAUGAAAUCUAGAUGCUCUAAAUGCGAGAGCCAUCCAUGGGAGAAUGAUGCGAAAGCUGGUUGUUCCCCACAGCGAAUUGACCUGCUUAUUACUUAUAGCAGCACUUUGGCUCUGCGGUGGCUCCGAUGCGAAGAUGA